AUGGUCCUUCUUGUGUAUGUCGAUGAUAUUAUAUUGGCCGGGAAUAACCAUGAUGAAUGUACGGCUUUCAAACGCUACUUACAUGAGUGCUUUCAUAUCAAGGAUUUGGGUUCUUUAAAAUUUUUCCUUGGCAUUGAAGUUGCUAGGUUGCGGAUUGGCAUUUCCUUGUGUCAAAAAAAGUAUGCCUUGGAUAUUCUUGCGGAGACUGGCUUACUUGGAAGUAACCCGGCCGAGACACCUAUGAAGCAGGGCCACAAGCUUGCUCUGGCCGAGGGGAAGGAGAUAGAUGGUGCGGCUUAUCGACAACUUGUUUGUCGUUUGAUCUAUUUAACCAUCACACGUCUAGAGAUUUCAUACUUAGUUCAUGUUCUUUCUCAGUUUGCUCAAGUGCCUCGCAAAGAAUACUUUGAGGCAGCAAUGCGAGUUGUGGGAUACAUCAAGGGAAGUCCAGGCCAAGGGAUUCUACUACGAUCUAAUUGUGAUUUGAGAUUGGGAGCCUAUUACGACUCAGAUUGGGUGAGCUGUCCAAUUACUCGUCGCUUAGUUAGUGGUUACUUCAUCACAAUCAGGGAGUCACCCAUUUCAUGGAAAAUGAAGAAGCAGAGCACUGUCUCGAGAUUGUCGGCAGAAGUAGAGUACCGAGCUAUGGCAGCUGUAAUGAGUGAGCUUGUAUGGUUGAAGUCAUUGUUGACUUCAUUUUUGGUGGAUCAUAGACAGCUGAUGGAGCUAUUUUGUGAUAAUCAGUCGGCUAUUCACAUAGUAGUCAAUCCAGUCUUUCAUGAGCAGACGAAGCAUUUUGAGAUAGAUUGUCAUUUUUUUCGUGAGCAAGUGCAGACUAGAAACAUCGUUAUGGCGCACAUCCGUUCACAGUUUCAACCAGCGGACAUUUUCACGAAGGCACUUGCUAGACAGCAGUUUCAUUUCCUGUUAGGCAAGUUGGGCAUUCACGAUGUGUUUGCGCCAACUUGA